AUGUCAUCGUGUCCGCCUCCCGAUACGGUACGGGGUCUUCGCUCUUUUAUAGGAGCCUACAAAGUCCUCGGACGUGUUGUACCACAGUGUGCACACAUCAUUGCACCAUUGGAAAGUGCCAUCGCAGGACAACAAUCAUGUGACAAGAUCAAGUGGUCAGAUACUCUGUCCCAACAAUUCAAGUUCGCUCAAUCCUCCCUGGCGAAUAACAAAUCUAUUACCCUUCCCAAACCAUCCGACAAACUAUGGAUAGUAACCGAUGGCUCUGUAACCAAAAGAGGAAUCGGAGCUACCCUUUACGUAUCACGCCAUCAAACCCUCCUCCUCGCAGGAUUUGUCAGUGCCAAGUUAAGAAAGCAUCAGGUGAACUGGCUGCCAUGUGAGAUUGAAGCAUUAAGCAUCGCUGCCGCCGUGAAGCAUUUUAGCCCUUUCAUAAUCCAAUCACAUCACCCCGCUUGUAUCCUCACAGAUAGCAAGCCAUGUGUUCAAGCCAUCGAUAAACUGCGUCGAGGUGAAUUUUCAGCGAGCCCCCGUGUUACGUCAUUUUUAUCCAUCGUCAGCAGGUACCAAGCGGACAUACACCACCUCGCUGGCUCAGCGAAUGUUCCCUCGGAUUUCGCCAGUCGAAACGCACCAGAGUGCAAUGAACCGAAAUGCCAAAUUUGUAACUUCAUUUCAACCACAGAAGAUUCCGUAGUUCGAUCCACCUCCGUCCAAGACGUACACCACCUCCCCCGCUUACCUUUUACAACCCGAUCUGCCUGGAUCCAAAUACAAUCCGAGUGUCCCGACCUACGCAGAACACAUGCUCACCUGAAACAAGGAACACGUCCCUCUAAGAAAUUAACAAAUGUAAAGGAUGUUAAACGUUACCUAAAUUCCCUGUCCAUUGCCAAAGAUGGUUUAUUAGUGGUUCGUAGAACCGACCUUUAUCACCCUCCACCGAGUUGAUCGUAGUACCACGCUCCGUACUUGACGGUCUUGUAACAGCCUUACAUAUCAAACUCGACCACCCGUCAAAACACCAACUCCAACUGGUGAUGAGACGCAACUUCUUCGCACUUGACAUGCCAGCUGCCAUCGCUCAUGUGAGUGACACAUGUCACACGUGUGCCUCCCUGAAAAAGCUCCCACCUCAAGUUAUACAGCAUAGCACAGAAGAAUCUCCCAAGGUCGUUGGAGUUUCAUUUGCCGCAGAUGUCUUAAAGCGGUGUAAACAAACUAUCAUAGUCGUUCGCGAAACAACGACAUCCUUUACCGCAACGUCUAUUAUCCACGACGAGAAAGCCAACACACUUCGUGAUGCUCUAGCUAAGUUAUGCAGCGAGCUGCACCCCCUGGAAGGUCCACCGGCCAUCAUCAGAGUCGACCCCGCCCCUGGUUUUGUUGCACUGCGAACCGACCCAACCCUUAAACGCCUCGGCUUAUCCCUAGAGAUCGGACGCAUUAAAAACACUAAUAAAAACCCAGUAGCAGAGAAGACCAUCGCUGAACUCGAAGAAGAAAUCCUCCGCCAAGCACCCAAUGGUGGUCCAAUAUCGACUGUUACCCUUGCCAUCGCAACAUCUCGACUAAAUUCCCGCCUCCGUAGAGAAGGACUCUCGGCUCGCGAGCUGUGGAACAGCGAGAUCAGUUCACUCAUGAUCAACUUCCCAUAUGUGAUCGCAAAGUAAUCCAAGAGCAACAUCUACAACGAAAACAAAACCACCCGUAUAGUGAGAAAUCGAAAAACCGAAAUAGGAAUUCGUUUGCACCUCCUACAAUUAACGUCGGGGACUUGGUUUAUUUAGUCGCUGAGCGAGAUAAGACACAACCCCGCAGUAGAUACUUGGUCAUAUCUGUGGAAGACCCAUGGUGUGUCAUCAAGAAAUUUUCAGGUAAUCAACUGCGUGCUACAUCGUAUAAAGUUAAAACUACUGAUUGCUUGAUCGUCCCAAACCGGUCAAUAUCGAGUACACCGUAUCCCCAUCGUGACAGGGACAGUUCCGAUGAAGAAGUGUGUGAAGAAUGCCCAUAUCAGACAAGUAACGUUCCGCCCACGUUAACAACUCCAGCCGACAACAGCAUCUCGCCAACCACUACUCAGCGCCCUCAACGCAAACGCCAGUCUCCAGAUUAUUAUGGAUAUUAGAGAACAAAGUAUUACGUAAAUUGUUUAUAUUGUAGUUAUACUAACAGUCAUCUUUCGUUGACACUAAGUUAAGAAGAAGAAGAUACCACGCCAUAAAUGGCAUAUUGAUAUUGUUUAUUUAACAGCAGUAAUUAUAUUGACAUUAUCAUAAACACAGGAACUUCCGGUUUAUCGCUAGUCACUCACGUGACUGCUUGUACUUCGAAAAUACGAAUUGCUCUGUAAAAACAUAUAGUUUUAUCGUUCGUUGUUUGCGAGUAAUCUUAAUUAAUCUUAAAUUUCUGUUUCCAAACGAACAAUGCGCAAAAGCACCAUUACGUAACAAUUUGGUUGAUCAUAUAUGUUAAUCUCAGUGUUGGUUGGGGGGAGUUUGAUUGACUUUAUUGACACUCCCCUAAAAGUGACAAAAAUAUAUAUACAUAUCAAUUAAUUACUAUAAUUAUACAUCAGAUCCUAAAUUCAUAUACGCAAUUACUUUAUACACAAACACAACAUAAAAUUCUUGACAACAUGAUACAACAUACAUCAACAUCAUCAACAACGACAGCAAAAACAACAACAACAACAACAACAACAACGACAUCAACGACAAUAACAACGACAAUAACAACGACAACGACAACAGAAAGACAUGUCCUUAGGCUAACUAUCUAGAAAUUGCUGAAGCAGUUCCCGUUUCAGUUUAAUUUUAAAACUUGGAAUAGAUUUGCAAAGUUUUAAGUCAGGGUUAAUGUUGUUCCAGAGAGUGACAGUUCCGUAAUGGAAUGUUCUUUGUCCUGCAGUUGAUCUGUAUAACGGAACGUACAGCUGUUUACAGCUGAUUAGUAUUUCUAGUAUCGCGACCACUCACUUCACCUCUCGUUUUGAACUGAGACGAUAAGUAGGCAGGUGCGCAAUCAUUCAUGCAUUUGAAAGUUAAUAAAGCAUCGCGACUGUACAGAUGUGACUUCACGGGAAACCAGCGCAGUUCCUUAAGUAUCGGGGUGAUGUGGUCAAAUUUCCUUCUGUUGCUCACUACUCGUGCUGCGAAGUUUUGGACUCCUUGAAGUCGGGAUAGGUUGCUGCAAGAAGUAUUUGACCAAAGCGAGGACCAAUAGUAGAGUUUGCUAAAUACUAAGGCGUUGAUGACAGUUAUUAAAAGGUUUUUACGGAAGACAUGCUUAGCGCGAUUUAUUUGGCAGAGGCUUGACUUGUAGGAUGAAACAGUAGAAAGGAUGUGAUUGUCGAAGGAGAGAAUUGGAUCAAACUUAACUCCGAGAUCUUUCCCUGAUGAAGCAGGUGUUAGUUCCUUACCAAGUAGCGAGAGUCUAAAAUCAGGUAACUUCGCGAGCAUUUGGCUGCUUCCGCGUAGACCAUCAAUUUAGUUUUGUCUGGAUUCGCCAAGAGCAGGUUAUCAAAACACCAGUUUCGCAUUCUAAUCAAAUCCUCGUUUAGAUCAGUCAGCGCAAUGUUCGAGUCAUUGAACUUUUGGCGACUGACGGCAAAUCAUUCACAUAAAUACUGAAAAGUAACGGGCCCAGAAUACUUCCCUGUGGGACACCACUAACUACUAACAAAAUCUCAGAUAGAGUAGAGUUGAUACGUACUGCUUGGUAUCUCUCGCUGAGGUAACUUUUAAAACAACCCAGGCAUCUAGACGAGACACCAACGUCCUCCAAUUUAGCAAGCAGUAUAUUAUGGUUAAUGCUGUCAAAAGCUUUGCUCAUGUCCGAAAGAAUAACUGCUGUUACUUUCUUCUGGUCAAUUGCUUUAAGAAUAGAGUCGGUGGAAUGAAUAAGGGAGGUUUCUGUUGAAUGCCAGGUUUUGUUGCCACUUUGAUGCACAGAGAGACGAUGAUUGGUGGUUAGGUAAGACGUCAGUUGGUGGAGUGCUACACGCUCACAUACUUUUGAAUGAACUGGUAAUAGGGAAAUGGGUCGGUUAUUGUUCGCCAGCUCAUGAUCACCUUCUUUUGGAAUGGGAGUUACUUCCGUGAUUUUCCAAGUAUUCGGGAAUAUAUUGUUCACCAGAGAGUUGUUUAUGAUUGAGAUUAUCCAUGGCGAAAUAACGGGUAAAACCCCUCCCUUUGGCAGCUACAGUACGUCUCUGGAUAUCUGGGUAUGCGCAGUAUCUGUCAAUCUGUUUGAAAAGUGUUUUCAUGCAACGAACUUUGAGCCGUGAAGGAUUGUCGAUUGCUGUUGUAAUUUAAAAUCUGAAUUGUAAGUAUGCAUGUUCGUACAAUAUAUUCUUGCAGUUGAAGAACAUCACUUUUUUCAAGCCUCGAUCAACUCGAUUUUGCAUGUAGGAUCAUAAUUUUCCCAGUUGAAAGGCUCCUAUUCGAUGUAUGGGUAGUUACAUUGCCUAAAAUCGUUAUUUAACGUAAUUCCAUAGUAUACUAGAAUAAAAACUUCAUCAGAUAUUAAGUUUAGGUCAUUCGCAUCAUUUGUUUCUUGUACUGAAGACAUUUAUUUUCCAGCGCAAAAUUGUGCGGCGGUUCAAUCUUCAAAAUUCCCAAACAAUUUUAUAUUAAUAUAAUAUUCAAUGUUGAAACGUUCAAUGUUGUAACGAUAGUAUUCAAAAUUGUUUGACUGCACGAACCCUUUGGAUAGUGCUGGUAUAACAUGCAUUAUUUAAUACACAUACAGGAUCACCAAACCAGAGAUCACAACACGACUGCAUGGCUGGAAAAUUUGUUUUUCUCUAAAAACAUUUUAAAAUCUCUUUAAUAAAAUCCUCACAUUUUUACAAUAUCAUGCAUUCUUGCAAUACUUGCAUAAUAUUUUUAAGUUAUGAAUUUUUCUUGCAAAGACUAAGGCCUGUUUCAAACAUCGCACUUCUCAUGUGCCGAACGCAUUAGAAACAAUAGAUUAUGAGGCAUUUCGAUCAGCUGAUUAUCUGAGGUUUUCAAUGCGUUAAGCACAUGAGAAGCGCGACGUUGGAAACAGGCCUAAGGCCCGAUUAAUACUUCGAAUUUUGGUCGCGUCGAAUGCAAUUACGACAACCGAUAAUGAGAAUAUAAACCUCAUUACGCUUUAUUAACUAUUGUUUGAAUUGCAUUCGACACGACCGAAAUUCGACGUAUAAAACAGGACUAAGUAAUUUCAUUAAGCCCUGAUGGAACGCACAACCUUCGAAUCUGGUUUCUAGUGCCACAAUCAUUAAGCCUUUAAGUAUCAGAGCAACCAAGUGCUUGAUGGACGUCAAACUAUCAUCAUACAGCUGUAUAUCACUGAAAAGGUGAUCGUUAUAAUCAUUGUAAAUACGAUCACUGCAUGUGAUAUUGCACAAUCCCAUCGUUUAACAUUUUCCCGAAUUUUUAAUGUAAUGUGAGUGCUGGCUUGUAUAUAUUUUCCAUGUUAUACAGUUAGAGAGGAAGGUUCAGAUUUUGAAUUACACCACCGUUAUCAUUAAUCAAUCAGAUGCAUUAACCGUCUUCCACACGAUACGCCAAUGAAAUGAGUAUUAAGACUGUGCGAGGUAGAGAGGUGGAAAUAAAUUUGGAAGCUCUCUAUAAAUUUCGUAAGAAAACAGAAGUACAAAAUAGAGAUUUUAUGAAUAUUUUUAUCUAAUAAAACUUCCAUAUGCAAACAAUACUUAUAAUAAAGUAAUAAUAAACUAAUAAAAAAACUAUAUUUCAAUAAUAUUUUACUGCCAAUUGAAAAUCAGAAUUUUGUCUAGGAAAAAAAAGAAUAUUGCACGCUGUAGAUCACACGCCCCCAGCGCGGUCGUAUUACAGGGCCGUAAUUUAUUUUACGGCUGGGCGGAGGGCGGGGGGGGAGAGCUUGUUUUGCCCAACCAAAAGGGCGUGGCGAAAGUCGUGCUAGAGGGAGAUCAUUAAUAUUUCUUUUCCCAAAUGUCUUUACUUGCGAACUAUUGUCGACACAAAUUAAACCUGGAAAAGUGAUAUAAUUUCAAGUUGUUUAAUAUACACUCAUGUUGGUAUCCGCUGACCUGUUGUAUAAAGAUUCGGAUCCAGGAGCGUAACGUAGGCGGGGGCAUAGAAAUUAUAAAUAACGUGUUAUUUAUAAUCUCAAUGGGCGGGGAUGUAGAGGGGACGAAAUACCAUUUUUCACUAACUUACCGAAACUUGUGCAAUUUUUCAGUAAUAUUUUCGUCAUUCUCAGUAAUUUUUGCUGAAUUACAUCUUUUUCUACGACGAGCGUGUCGUUAAGACAGCCAGACAAAAAGUAUGCCCCCCCCCCUAGGAGUUACUAACCUGGAGCCGAAGCUUGAUAGAACAGGUCAGCGGAUGCCAACAUAAGUGUAAAAAUAAAAUUAUAUCACUAUUUCAAACUUUCAAAAUAUGGUCGGGACCCGACCAUUGGAAUAUUAUUAUUAUUUCGCACCUUCCAAACUUUCUUGAAUGGAAUCUCUAGCGUCUCUAUUCAUUUACAAGCAUUGCGACUGAACCAGAAGGAAAUUCAGUAUAAUAAGUUAUAUAUAUAUAACUUUUUUAAGACUUUAUUCUUAUCCCACGUUUCGGGUCAUGCCCCUUUAUCAAGGAUAAAUAACAGAGUUAGAUGCUUUUAUAUCCUAUUCAAUUCAUUAACAUAAAUUACCCAAAAUCCCUUACAUUUAAUCCCUUAGAUGCAAACCUGUCCAAUUAUAUGCCCAAAAUGCCUCUUUUUGCGUAGGAUCAUUCAUAUUUUUUUUGUCAAUAAUAAUAACUCUGUGAUCGGCCAAGCGCUCGUGUUCCUCGCCAAAAAAAAUUUUUGCAAAAAAUUAAUUGUAAAUUUGCCCAAGAUUUUGCGUAAAUAUCACCGACAUGUUAUGCAAUUAUAUUAUUGCAAUUGCUUUAUAGCCCCUACCUGGGUACCCAGUACAAAACAACUGCAAGGUAAACUCGUUUAUUUUAAGAAAUCUGAAAAUUUCUGUGAGCCAAAUUAUUCCGUGGGCAUUGUUGGUACGGUUGCUCGCGCAUGUAAUCGCACAUCGAAUGGUCAUGAUGAUUGUACUGCGAUAUGCUGUGGACGACCUUACAAGACAUCUGUGUCGGUUGAAAUUGUGAAAUGCAAUUGUCGUUUUGAAUGGCCUUGCUGUAAGAUAAAGUGUGAUAGAUGCAAGCAAACACGAGUUGUGGACACUUGUUGGUAAUGCUAUAUAUCUGGAUAUUGUUUUCGUAGAAGAACAGUGGUUUAGAUGACGUUAUUUGUGCGCUGUUGUGUAAUCUUCACCUCUGCAGAGAAUUACAUGAAGUUUGUAGUUGUGUAAAUUAUUUUUAAAUGCCUAAGGUAGGUUAGCGAAGUUUGAUGCCAUAUAUUGUGCUAAUUUCUUUCAAAGCCGGAACAAAAUUAUAAAGGUGUGUAGAAUGAGGAAUUAGACUUCUUCGCACGUCUAGAACUCUUAUCACCAUAAUUAUCAAACAUCCUAGAGAGAACUUUUACAUUAAUGGUCAAUUGGAAGAAAUCCAAUUUUGAUCAAAAAUGUUUUAGUUAUGCCAUUGGACUAUCAUCAAUUCCUUUUACAAAUUAAAAUAUAUUGGCAUUAGAAGAUAACGUUACAAUUUCCAAAGGCCUAUACCCGAUACUAGUUCAUUAGCUGUGACUUUAAAGGCCAUUGUGUUUGUGUGUGGCUUUAGGGAUGCACCGGAUAUCAUAUCCGACAAGAGAGUGAGAUCAACUUAUUAUCCGGCCUCCCAGCUACCGCUAUUUGUGAGGAAGCAUACUCUAUCUACAUUUUGCAAGUUUUCGUAUUGCAACGAAGAAAGGUUGAUGUUGUGUUCAUGUUCUGUAAAUUUGGAACUUGAAAUUUGGAACUUGAAAUCUUAACUUUUUGCUCAUAUCAUGAUGCAAGCAGGUAGCGAAUUUGAAAGAUUGCAUUGGGAGGAAUCCGUGUAGCAAUAUCAUGAUAUUGCGUUAGGUAUAAACAAUAUUUAUGUCCUCGAGCGCGCGUACCACGUUGUCGUGUGGCGAAACUUGAUCAUGCUUGUAAAAGUAUAAAUUGGCUUUUAUGAUUUACAGUAUUCCAUGUUAGAGUGAAAAAUAAUCAUUUCAAUGAUAUUUGGACUUGUUUAUUUCAUUAUGUAGUGCUGACCGGAUUACUUAAAAUUGUGCAUUUAUUAUUAACUCGUGCAUUUAUUAUUAACUAGAAUAAUAGCAUAGUUGCCCGGGUUUCUUUUGUUUCAACAGGGUCGAUUACUAACUAAUCGCCCGCUGUAGCGGGCGAUUAGUUCUAAUCGCCCGCUAGAGCGGGCGAUUAGAACUAAUCGCCCGUUACCAAGGGUCACACCUUUGUCUCCCUGACGACUACGCAUUAGGCAAGUGCCUCACGCACAUAAUCGUGCAAGGAACAGCAACAGUUAGCUCAGAGCCGUCAAUAGUCUAUCAUCCGAUCCCUGAGUUGCCGCAUCAUUUAAAUUACGCACGUGCUGUCUCCAAAUUUAUACUAAUAUAUUUAGCGUUUUUGUUGUGGUACGUUAAAUGAUAGAUUGCGCAUGCGUAACCGAUUAAAGCGUAAAAGUGCGCAUGUGCAACAAGCUUUUACAUCCCACAAGCAAUGAAGCAAAUGUUUUAGCUUAAAUACGCUGAUUCCAAGUAGGGCAUGUUUGUCCAUUUUUAAAUGGGAGCGCAACUAUGCUAUUACAAACUAAUAGCAUGGCUUUUCGGGAGAUUAGUGAUUAAAUGACCCCUUACCCUCGGCAGGUUUGCGGAAUUCCCUCGGGCUUCGCCCUCGGGAAUUCCGCAAACCUGCCUCGGGUUACGGGGCCAAUUAAUCACUAAUCUCCCUCAAGCCAUGCUAUUACUUAUAAUAAAUGUGCAUUUAUUAUUAACUAGAAUAAUCCCGCACUCACGCGUGCAGCGCGGUGCGUGGGUAAUAAUUACACUGGGCUAUUCACAUUAGGUUACAGUUCAUAGGUGGAUAUCCCACUGAUCUGAAAAUAUCGCGAAUGACAGGAAUAAAGGUCCUGAAGAGAAGUGUGAGAAUUGAGAUUCGCCUGUUUUAGGGUUGAAAAUGGGAUUUCAUGCACUGGGCCUGGGAAUUACCAACAACAACAACAACAAAAUUUAAAAUGGUGAUGGGAUUUGAGCAAGACAUGGCCUGACACGAUGGGAUUUGGUCAAAAUUUUGCAGUUUCUCUUGUUUGGUCUAAAGUGCAUACUAUUAACAUUGAAAUUUAAUUCCAUCAACAAAAGCCCUUCAAUAUUUAGCCGUUCUUUCUUGCGAGAUGAACAAAUUUCCGAUGUUAAUCCUGGUUAUUCCCGCUUAGCAUUAAACCGCCCUAACGCUUGUACAUGCCUGUCCGUCCUCUGUUUGGGAAAAAGAAAGGAUGAAAGAAAUAAAAGACGGUGUACGAUAUCUGCAACAGUGCCCGGGGUACGCAUAUAGGUAGUCUUAAGGUGGCUCGAUAUAGUUAUUACAAAAACCCUGCUCAAGAAUCGCGAACUCAAAACCGGGCGACCAUUUUUACGCGCAGGUCGCGCAAACAGAUUAACAAUAUGAAAGAAGUUCCAAAAUGACCUGACGUGAGCAGUUGCUCGCGCCACAUCACGCCAUUGCGCGUGUUCUAUAACGUUUAAUGUUAAUUGCUGACGUCAUUAAAAUUUGCUCUUGAAUAUUGACACAUGAUACGUGAAGAUUACAAGAAUCAACAACAUAUUUUUUAAACAAGUUGUCAAGUGAGUGACAAGCAGAACUACAGACUAUUCUAAACAUUCUAUAAACGAUGACUGUUAUGAUAUUCUAGAAACUACUGACACUUAUAUAGCAAUAUAUCACACAUGUACUUUUGAGUAUGAAAAAUUAUAUUUCAAAUAAAAACCUUAUUUACAUUUGCUCAUUGUCUGGCUGAGUGUUCAUUGUCUCUUCCCAUUCUAUUGGCUCAUCCCAGUUAAUCUGGACGGCAUCUACUUGAGCAAUAUUAUACUUAGUAUAUUUCUUUCUCAUUGCAUAAUCAUCAUGCGCUAAUUUGAUCAGUUCUUCGACCACUUCAUUCUUUUCUUCUCCAAUGUCCAUCACUGCUUCCACAUCACUGUCACUCAAGCAAAAUAAUGCACAAAAAAAUUGGGGUUCACCAUAGCAACGAACUAUCUGUUACUAAAACGAAUAUAAUUUGAAAGUAGAGAUAUAAAAAUAUAUAAAAAACCCAAUAUCGGCUGAAUAAAUCCUAAAAAUGCGUAGUUUGAACAUGUCAAAGUGUUGAACACCUGAAUUAUUUAAAACUGUAUCGAGCCACCUUAAUUAAGCUGAUCUUAAUUUUUAAUUUUAACAUACACUUCUUUCGUGUGCAAUUUUAUACAAUAUCAGUAAUGUUGCCCUGUUCCGCCAUACUUCAACCUCGUAUAUCCAGGGCUUUUUUACUUCAACCUGAUACCCAGGGCGAAAAAGGCGCUGGCUUCGGCUG